GUCUAAGAUUGAUCGAUGAAAAUUUUCAGUUUUUGCUGUUUUUUUCCUCGAUUUCUGCUUCAUUUUCUGUCCUGUUCGAGCCGUAAAUACAUCAAAGCGAUCAUGGGAAAUACGAUAAAGCCUCACAUUGAACGAGCAGAGAAAAGUGGUGCCUGUCAACUGUGUGGAAUGGGGAUAACUGAGUUCCCCAUGGAGUUGAAGAGGUUGACAAAGAAUCUGCGGACACUAGACCUCUCAGAUAACAAAUUACCUCUCCUGCCUCCUGACAUCGGCCAGUUCACCAUGCUCAAAAGUUUGACACUAACAAGUAAUCGACUGACGGCGCUGCCUGAGGACAUUGGCAAAUUGAAGAAACUGGAAACCUUACUUCUAGCGACCAACCGUAUUCCAAGGCUGCCAGCAACAAUAUGUAAUCUAUCUUCUCUGAGGACAGUGAACCUAUCAAAAAAUGGCAUCCGUGAAUUUCCAGCUGAACUUUGUGGCUUGAAAAAUCUUGACUCUAUAGACUUAUCUCACAAUAACAUUGUGGUGAUUCCGGAUGGUGUUCGGGGACUGCAGGCUGUUGAAUUAAACGUCAAUCAGAACCAGAUCAACACAAUAUCAGAAGCAAUAUCAGAAUGUCCUCGAUUAAAGGUGCUUCGCCUUGAAGAAAACUGUGUGGAGAUAGGAGCAUUCACUCCAAAAAUUAUGAAGCAGUCAACCAUUUCAUUGCUGGCCAUUGAAGGCAAUCUGUUCGAUACGAAGGCGUUUCACCAGCUGGAGGGGUAUGAUGAGUACAUGGAGCGAUAUACAGCCACUAAGAAGAAGUGGGGAUGAGGUUAUUCCAUGCCCUUUGCGAUGAUAAAACGCACAAUUUGGAAUCAAGACUCUACUUUACACUCACAGAGACAUUUGUGUUUCAUAUGAAAUAUGUUUUAUUUAUCUUAUGUAUUUAUUGUGAACUUCAUAGAAGUGCAUUUAUUAUGACAAUAAUCAGAUGGUCUUGUAAAUAGUAAGAAGAAAAACAUUAGUCUAAAGUGGCCUGUAGCAAUGGACACAGUUUUCAAAGGCAGGAGAAUUUGUCUAAAUGAACCACACUUGUAAAUAGGCAAAGCCAGAAUUCCCAGGGGGUCAUUUUCCAAAAAAUAAUACAUUGUAUUUGUUGUUUCUUGGUCCUAGGUUUUGGUAGCAUCAGAUUUGUUUGAUAUCAUGUACAGUAUGUGUUGCAUGCAAGUACGGUGCCAACUUCAAAUAUUUUAGCCGAUUAAAAGAAAUGGAUGCCAUCAUAAUUUAUUGAAUAAACCUCUUAAACAUGUUAAAUUUCA